UCAUCUCGAUCUCCAAAAGCUCUUGAUAAAAACACUGCUAUAUUGUUGGCAUCUGGUACAUCUUUAGGGUCAACUCGUGAAAAAGAGAAUUCUAUAAUGUUGGCAAGAAUUGGAAAUUUGGAACCAAUAUCCAUAGUGGGUGGAAGUGGUAAAACUUAUCAUUUUCUAAAAUCGUCAGACAGCAUAAGUGAUGUGCUAACCGAUCAACCUUCUGGUUCUUGGACCCUUCCAGCAGCCGAUACAACAGUCAUACAAAACUCUUCAUCCUCAAGCGUUGACAGCCUUCUGGAUCAUAUUAUAAAUACAAGUCCACUCUAUAACCACUUAUUUGAUCAAAAAUACGUGGAGCUUACAAUGGAAGUUACAGAGUUAAUAAACCAGGAUUGGACUUUCUUUCCUCAGCUUAGGUAUGUCACCUCGCAAAUUUUUGCUGGGGCAAUCCUAGUGAAUAAGACAUCAGCAUUACUCUUGAAUUGCAUAGAAUCAUAUGGAAGAUCGAAGACCGUUGAUGCACACCAUGAGCGCAGAAUUGGAACUGCAAUGAAUACAUCCUCUUUUCCCAAAAAACAACCAAAUUACGGAUGGAUUAAUAUUAUUACCACUCACGAAGACGGAGCAACCAAACUAAAAAUUGGCACAACGGUCAGUAAUCUGUUGGUGACCUCAAGUAUACGCAUAGACAAAAACUCAAUAACAAAGAAUAUUGUGGAACUAGGACCAACCACCAGUAAUUUCACUGCAACACACGAUACAAAAAUUUAUCUCAAUAUGGAAUCAUUAAGAUUAGGAAAAGUGUUAGCGAAGGAUGACUCAACAACCAGUAUUGAUGUAGGAAAUUACUUCUAUCAACUUAGACAACUCAGAUCAAAAUUUCAUUGUUUAUCCACAUAUACUUUAUGUCGUUCAUCCAGUACAUUUGCAUAUGAUAUUUCCUACAGACCUUACACGAUUUGGACCCUAUGCGACUAUGAUUCUUCCCAACAAACAGACUCACAAUCUCAAUUGCUAUCUCAACUGUUUCAAACAAUCGCCACUUCAGUUAUCAACAAUGGCAUAUUGGCCCAAAUCAAACUAGAUGUUCUAAAUGAUCUAUGUAGCAAAUUGAAAAAUGGAGCAAUAAAAUAUACCAUCCGUGAAUUUAUUGAUCAACAAGAGAAAUCAUUUGCAGUCAUCAACAAUAUGAAACUGAACCAAUUACUCACAAUUUUAGCUGAUUCGAUGACUACAUCUAUUAAAAAUGCCAACGCAGUGGUGAACAGUAAUUUUACAACACUUCUGCGUAAAUAA